ACGGCGGCAGGGGCGUGCUCGGAGGACGCGCGCGGCGCUGCUCUUCCAAAGGGCAGCUCCGGGGGAAGGGGGGUGGUAUCCCGGGGAAGCCCGUGGCCGCCGCCGAUGUCGCUGGGACUCGGAAGUGCCGAAAGAGGGGUGUUGGGAACUCGCGGCGCGCGUGAACGCUGCCGUCGCCGCCGCCCGGGACAGCCCGGAGAAACUCAACGUGGGCAUCGGAAACUUUUGUGACAAGGAGCCAUGCUGCCCCGAUGGGAACUGGCACUCUAUCUACUUGCCUCACUAGGCUUCCACUUCUAUUCCUUCUAUGAAGUUUACAAAGUGUCCAGAGAACAUGAAGAGGAACUGGACCAGGAAUUUGAGCUGGAGACUGACAGUUUAUUUGGAGGACUAAAGAAGGAUGCGACUGACUUUGAGUGGAGCUUCUGGAUGGAAUGGGGGAAGCAGUGGCUGGUGUGGCUUCUCCUUGGCCACAUGGUUGUGUCUCAAAUAGCCACGCUGCUGGCAAGAAAGCACAGACCCUGGAUUCUCAUGCUCUAUGGGAUGUGGGCCUGCUGGUGUGUGCUGGGGACCCCUGGCGUGGCCAUGGUUUUGCUCCACACCACCAUCUCUUUCUGCGUGGCCCAGUUCCAGUCUCAGCUCCUGUCAUGGCUCUGUUCUCUCCUCCUGCUCUCCACACUGAGGCUGCAGGGUGUGGAGGAAGUUAAGAGAAGGUGGUACAAGACAGAAAACGAGUACUACCUGCUGCAGUUCACGCUGACCGUUCGCUGCCUCUACUACACCAGCUUCAGCCUGGAGCGCUGCUGGCGGCAGCUGCCCGCUGCAUGUACCUCCUACUCCUUUCCCUGGAUGCUGGCCUAUGUCUUUUAUUAUCCAGUCUUCCACAACGGGCCUAUCCUCAGCUUCCCGGAGUUCAUCAAACAGGAGGACGGUUUGAGGGACUGUGGAAUAAAAAUAAAUUCCCUGGCGUUUAGCUCCUUCUUCCCCUCUGAGGGCAGUACCUGCUACUCUGCUGGCUGCAGUAGGACCCACUACACCCUGAUGUUGGAGGAGAGAGAAGCCAAGGAGAUGCAGCAGCAGGAGCAUGACUCCCUGAAGGCCAGCCUGUGUGUCCUGGCCCUGGGACUGGGCCGCCUUCUGUUCUGGUGGUGGCUGGCCGAGCUGAUGGCUCACCUGAUGUACAUGCACGCCAUCUACAGCAGCAUCCCUCUCCUGGGGACUGUCUCUUGCUGGACCUUAGGAGGACUGGCGUUAGCUCAGGUGCUCUUUUUCUACGUGAAGUACUUGGUGCUCUUCGGUGUACCAGCUCUGCUCAUGCGCCUGGAUGGACUCACUCCGCCCGCCCUCCCUCGCUGCGUGAGCACCAUGUUCAGUUUCACCGGGAUGUGGAGGUAUUUUGAUGUUGGCCUGCAUAAUUUCCUGAUCAGGUAUGUGUACAUUCCAGUAGGUGGAUCCCAGCAUGGCCUGCUGGGGACGCUGUUUUCCACGGCAAUGACAUUUGCAUUUGUGAGCUACUGGCAUGGCGGCUACGACUACCUCUGGUGCUGGGCAGCGCUCAACUGGCUGGGAGUCACUGUGGAGAACGGAGUCCGGAGGCUAGUGGAGACUCCCUGCAUCCAGGACAGUCUGGCCCGAUACCUCUCCACACAAUCUCGCCGUCGAUUUCACGCUGUCCUUGCGUCUUGUUCCACCUCGAUGCUGAUUCUGUCCAACCUGGUGUUUCUCGGGGGCAAUGAGGUUGGGAAAACCUACUGGAAUAGGAUCUUCAUACAAGGCUGGCCGUGGGUGACCCUUUCUGUCCUGGGAUUCCUGUACUGCUACUCCCAUGUGGGCAUGGUCUGGGCCCAGACCUAUGCCAUGGACUAAUGCUAUUGGGCUCAGGCCAGUCUUUGCUGCUGGCCUCCAAGGCAGAUGUUGCUUCACCCUGACCUCUCACUCCAGGACAGUCUCUAAGGGAUUUGAUCUUUUCAUCUUCUGUUGAAUAUCUUCACUCCAAGACUGGAAGCUGGAUCUCUCAUAGAAAAUUCACGGCCAGACAGUCUACUAAUUUAGAGUCUCUGAGAUCUACUCCAACCCAUCAUUUUCCUAUUGAGUAAGCUGGGGUCCAGGGCAGUAGUGUGUCUUGUCCUAUACAUGGUGACAUUUUGGUCUAGAACCUAGUCUUAUGAGCCGUUUGGAUUCUUUCUCCUUAACAAAGAAUAGAAUAUAGUGGAUGUUUCUUGACUAAGACACACACAUCCUGAUUAGCGAUAGCCUGUCUUCUGAUCAAUAUUUAUAAAAUAUUUGAGUGACAUUGAUGUUUGAGUGACCUCCUUCAUCACAUCCUUCAGGGUCUCUGGAAGCAGCACUAGGGUUUGAGCUUCAUGCUUCAGCCCCUUUGUAGGAAGGAGACCAAGCCCCAGCUGUCUUUUGAAUUACCUAGUCCAGGAAGAUGAUAGCAGCCCUGUAGAAUUCUAAGGUAUCCAUACCCAAGGAGUCCUGUGAUUUGAGCUUCAGCAGGAUGAUCUACAUUUGGGUGCUUGUUUCUGAGAGUCUCAGAGAAGUAUAAUACGGUAAUUCCUCUACGUGACAGCAAAUAGUUUCUUAAUAAAGAAGCAGAAUUUAGAAACCACGGGAUAGUAUGUCCACAGAUGGGUGCUAUCAGGCUAGUUACUAGGAUGGCAUCCUGGGGUCUUAUCCACUCUCUCCACACAAGUCCCAAAAGUCAUCCUCCUACUUGGUGAUUCAGGUUUAGUGGUUUAUAUUGUUUGGGUUUGAUUCAAACGAAGCCUUUUCUGUCAUGUAGAUAAUCUAUAUGUUUAUAGAAUUAUUUUGAAUAUGUUUGAAGAAAAUGUUUAAAAUCUAAAUAAACUCACAUAGCUUGACUAUUCACUCCUCUAAAAAGAUGCUGGAUAGGCCACCAAAGGUCCCAGGUGGUAGAUAAUUCAGAAUACUUCUGUUUGAACUUGGAUUUUAUUUUUGGAGUGGGGAGGGGUAAAGGAAACUUAAAAUUUGAAUCCAUAAUAGAUCUAAUCACAGGAGAACUUACAACAUCUCAAGUACGUGAAUGAAGCUGUCAUUUAGUGAAAGGUUCACUCAGACCUAGUGCUGCCUCCUGUUUGUUACAUGACAUGGCUCUUGUGUCUUGGCUGUGGUUAUCAGCUCACUGAGGCUUAAACUCCUGGAGUACAGGACCAUUUUGCUGAAUGUCUUUCUUCAUUGCUUCUCUGCUUUGCAAAGAGAUGAGAGGGGACCAGAUACUGACUACCUGGGGUGGUCACAUUAGGUGUUAACUAAAGCAAAAGACAGAGGCGAGGGCUGCUGCACAGUAGCAGCCUCAGCAGCUGGUUUGGUAAAUGAGACAGAGACAGACAGACAGAGGGAUAGACAGACAGACAUGGGGCCAGUGAUUGCAGGGUGCUCAGUUUUAAGGAGGGAAUGGGGGAGGAGCGAGCACCUAAAUGAAUGCAGCAAACCUUCAUGGAUUAACACUGAUUCACGAUUUGUGGCCAGCCAGAAGAAGUUUGGCUGUAGUUUACUUGGAAAGAAAGGGCUUGCUAAGAAAAAAAGGAGUAUAAAAAUGAUGAUAAGGAAGUAUCUAAUGUAUGUGUACAUAGAAAUGAUACAAAAGUUUUGAGAUCUUCCAGAUAUACCAUUUAUAUACAAACAAACAGGCUUAUAAAUUCAUUAAACUAUUUUGGAAGAGUCGGUGGAUAUAUUUGAAAGUAGUAAUCCAGAAUUUCUUUUAAACUAUUACAUGAUUCAUAAUGGUUCUCAGGAAUUAAUAAAUGAUUACUGUGUUUA